AUUACAUCUUACUGUGAUUUCUGAAACACCAAUGUUUUGCGUAAGUCUCCCGGUCAUAGAAUGUGUACACUAUUCAAUGGUAUCAGUAACCCAAUUUAAUAACACUAAAUCUCGCGUCAUCAAAUUUUACCUUGAUGAAGUUGUAAGCCUGUUAUCAUAGACAUUGUGCGAAGAUUCAGAGUGCAUUCUGACGAGGAGUUGAGAGCAUUGUCGCUCACACAUAAUUUUGCAUUUAUAUUAGAGAGACUACCAAGCCAUAACUAUGCUGUUGGGCCUUUUCUAAAGGAAGAUGUUAUGGAUAACUUUCAUCUGAUGCAAGAAGAGUUCUAUUUCGGGUUAUGUUGUUAUAUGCUGAGGAAAAGUUCUGCUCUGACACCUAUGUUAAACGAUUUCAUCUUGAGGGUGGUUGAAUCUGGACUGGCUUAUUACUGGGAGAGCGAGGGAGCGUUACUAUACAUGGACUCAAACGUGCAGAAGGCUAUGAGAUACGACCGACGGCAGCAGACAGUACACAAGCUGAAACUUACAAAUGUAGAGGGCGCUUUUGCUAUACUGUGUCUUGGUCACUUAAUAAGCUUGAUAGUGUUUUUCGUUGAACUACUUGUAUUUCGCCGUGAAAAUACAGAAAAGCAACAAACUUCAUUACCAAUCUAGUCAAUUAUGUUGUUAUAACAAGUUACGCAUAUUGUCCGAAUUAAAAUGGAGCCAUAAAGAGGGUUUUAUGCAAUUCAUAUCUGCUAUCCUUUUAAAGACUUUUCAGUUCAGUGCACUCUAAUGUCACAUUAGCUUUAUAAAUGUAUCUGACUCUUAGUUGUAUUGUAUAGUACAGUAUCACAUAUCUGUGAAACAUCC